CUCUCUGUUACAGAGUAAUAAUGGAGAAGUUAGAAAUCAAGCACAGCCAUGUAGAAGUAAGAGGACUCAAGCUUCAUGUGGCUGAGACUGGAACUGGUCCUAAGGUGGUGAUGUUCUUGCACGGAUUCCCAGAAAUCUGGUACUCAUGGAGGCACCAGAUGGUUGAAGUAGCUAACAAUGGCUACCGAGCAAUUGCUAUCGAUUUCCGGGGGUAUGGACUCUCGGAUCACCCUGCAGAGCCCGAGAAAGCAAACUUGGGUGACCUUGUCGACGAUGUUGUUUCGCUUCUGGACUCCUUGAACAUCAGCAAGGUAUUUGUUGUCGGAAAGGAUUUUGGAGCUGUACCAACGUUCUUGUUGGCAGUUAUUCACCCUGAAAGAGUUGCAGGUAUGGUAACUCUAGGCAUUCCUUUCCUGCUACCAGGUCCUUCAGCUAUCCAAACUGAUCUCCUACCCAGAGGCUUCUACAUAAUGAGGUGGAAGGAACCUGGGAGGGCUGAAGCAGAUUUUGGCCGCUUUGAUGUUAAGACAGUGAUAAGAAAAAUCUACAUUCUGUUCUGUAGAAGUGAACUACAAGUAGCUGGUGAUGAUCAGGAGAUAUUGGACUUGGUUGACCCAUCUACACCAUUACCACCAUGGUUAUCCGAGGAAGAUUUAAAUGUCUAUGCUAGCCUAUAUGAGAAAUCUGGUUUCAGAACUGCAUUGCAGGUUCCUUACAGGACAUUCGAGAUAGAUUAUGGUUUAACUGAUCCAAAAAUCACAGCUCCAUCUUUACUGAUCAUGGGUGAAAAGGACUAUUUCAUGAAAUUCCCAGGUAUGGAGGACUACAUGAGAACUGGGUUUGUUAAGCAGUUUGUUCCCAAUCUAGACAUCACCUUCAUGCCAGAAGGAAAUCAUUUUGUUCAAGAACAACUUCCAGAGCAGGUUAAUCAGCUCCUCAUUACUUUCCUCAACAAACAUGAAGUUUGAUGAGGUUGCUCUAAGAGAAUAAGGAUAUUUGGAUAGCUAAGCUAUAAGCAGCAGAAUAAAUUGUUGUAAGGCUGAUACUUACAGCAGAUAUUGGCGAAGCGAGUGUAUGAAUCACUCUGAUUUCAAUGAAAUUGAUCAAGAAACCUUCAUUUGUUUUC